AUGACUCAAGAACGAGCUAGCAGUGUUUAUGUCGUCCCACCAGGUGGCGCUUGGAAUGAGCGUAACCCGACUUUUUCCCGCACCGUCCAUGAGCUCUUCAAAAAGCAAUGGCUUAUAAAACUCAGACAUAAAGCGUCUAUCAUUGAAUUUAUUAUUGCCUUAGUUAUUUAUAUUGCUCUUUACCCAGUUUGGAAGCUAGCCAGGACAACAGUCAAGGGCGUAGAAACACCAAACAUCACAUAUUCGAAUCCUCAAAUAGAAAUUGCCAAAUUUUUGAAUGCAGUUAUGGGACAGCCAACUCUUGUUGCUAUACCUGAUGUCCAAGAAGUUCGUGAUUUAAUCAAUUCAACAGGACUUGAAACUGCCCUACCGAGGCUGAACGUAACUUCCAAGUUCCAGUAUGUCAAUUCUACAUCAGAAAUGGAGAAAUUGAUUUAUGCAUCAAAAGCUAACGGUCUUGGCAUAAGAUGGCUGAAUUAUGACAAAAAAGAGAACGAUACAUGGCUUUUAAAGCCAAAGUUCGAGGUCUAUCGUCAAAGCUUUGGACCAGAUGCUGAUGCAGCCAUUACACUUUUACUUGAAUCAUCCUGUAUCCAGAAAUAUCUUUCAACACCUACAAAUUCAGACUUUUCACUUCGAACGAAUUCAAUUAAUAUGCUUACUAUGAAUCUUACUACCCAAGGCUAUGCCAAACCUUCACAAGAAUCAGAGUUCGAUGUUUCUAUUGCUGUUGCAUUCUUUGCAAUUCUUCCGAUUGUACUUGCAACAAUGCCAGAUGUCCAAACCAUUCUAGAAGAGAAGGAUUCCAAAGUUAUGUCACUUACUUUCUUGAUGGGAUGCAGUGAAUUAGCUUAUUGGCUGUCAAACUUCUUAACUCAGUUCAUUCUUUCAUUUAUACCUUACAUUGGCUUUUGUGCGAUGCUUUCAUAUGGUUUUAUGAUGACACAUACCGAUUUCACCCUCUUAUUAGUUUUAUCUUUGUUAUUUAUCAUUUCACAUAUCUUUUUCCAGCUUUGGAUCUUAACAUUCAUUAAGAAAGCAAGUGCUGGACGUGCUUUAACUGUCAUUUGGAUUGUUUUCACAUUAUUCUUCUCAUAUCUCCACAUGUUUUUCACUCUUUCAGAUAACACAGAUGCCGGAGCACUUAAACAUGUCUUCUCCAUUGUUCCUUUAUCCGCAUAUCAAAUGGUUCUCAUGAGCGCCUACAAUCUUGAGUAUACACACAAGCAAGCAAUGACGUGGACACACAUGGGCAAAGAUUCUAAAUACGCGGCAUGGAUGGGAUUGAUGUGGCUUUUAAUUGAUUGCGUUUUAUAUCUUUUCUUAUUCUUUUUGUUCAAUCUUUGUAUGUCAAGACCAUUCUGCACUCCUCCUUUGAAAUGGUCUGAGCUCUUCAAGAUAUCUGCUUGGAAGAGAAUGAUGAAUAGCGGAGAGAUACAAACAUCAAAAGUCAAUGCAGAAGUAAGUGAAUUUGUCAGGGUAAAAGGACUGAAGAAAGUGUUCAAAGCACAAGGAAAAGAAGUCACUGCACUUGAUAAUGUUGACUUUUACAUCAAUCGUGGAGAAGUCAUUGUAAUGAUUGGUCCAAAUGGUGCUGGCAAAUCAACACUUAUUAAUAUUUUGGCAGGAGCGAUUGAACCUGAUGAAGGAAAGAUUAAUAUUCUUGGAGGAAAUGAGACCGACAGAUUUAAAGAAAUGCAGCAUUAUUUGGGAGUUUGUUUCCAAGGAAAUGUUAUUAUUAAUUUAUUGAGUGUUCGCGAGCAUUUGUAUUUGUUUGGAGCAUUUAGAGGAGUUCCAAGAGAUCAGAUCGACCAAGCUGUCGAAUUCUUUGGUUCUCAGCUCCAAUUAACACAUAUGAUGGAUAACAGAGCAGGAGAUUUAUCUGGUGGACAAAAGAGAAAACUUUGCAUCGCUAUGUCAUUAUUAGGAAAUCCUCCUUUAGUUAUUAUGGAUGAACCAACAGCAGGUGUCGAUGUACAGGCAAGACAAUUGAUUUGGAAGAUGAUUUCUUCUCUUAAGGAUACUACUUCGAUUAUUACAUCACAUGCUUUGGAAGAAGCAGAAGCUGUUUCUUCAAGAUUGUUUAUUGCAUCAAGUGGUCAAUUGAAGUUCUGUGGAACAUCAACUGAAUUAAGACAUGAACACAAAUGCGGUUAUGUUUUGGGAGUUGUACCAAAUGAUGGCGUUGAUUGCAAGGAAAUCGCGGAAUUUGUUAAGUCAAUAAUUCCAGAAGCAGUUGUUAGUGAAGAAAGAGAUGAUAUUUUGACUUUCCCUGUUUGUGAUGAAAUUCCAAAGUUACUCCACGCUUUGAAUGAUAAAAAAGAUCAAAUUGGUCUGAAGACUUAUUCUUUGUCUGUGGAACAACUUGAAGAUAUGCUACUUAAGUUAAUCCAGGCAGAUGAAGCUAAAGUUCAAACUCAUUAA